AUGGCCUCCCUUCGCUCAAUCGGGGUCCACAAGCCCUCCGCCCUGCAGUAUCUGGUCCAAGAGUCCAUCCUGACCGACGAUAGCACCGACCGCGACUAUGUCUGGGACACCUACACCGACGACAGCCCCGAUGGCUACACCGACGAGCUCGUCACCACCGAGUACCACGUGAUCUGGUCGCGAGGCGGUAUUGUACGCAAGGUGUUCAACUUUGAAAUUGAGAAAGAGAAGGUCAAGCAGGCGCUCUUGACAUGGUUCUUGGUAGACGAGCCCUCCCAAGGCACCCACGAGCCUUCCGACAACUCGUCAGAACACAAAUCUGUCGACCCUGCAAAGAGCUUCCUCACACAAGGGACCCAGCCUGCUACCGAUCCCACUGCGCCAGCCAGUCCCACAACGCCCACGUUGGAGAAGCUAUCGCGUGCUCUCGUCGUCUUCCUGAAGUCGCAAGCACACGUCUUCUUCCUCUCAGGCACCACACACAUCGUAAACCUCCCCUUCGAGGUGGACAAGGCCUUUCCUGCAGCACGCGGUGUUGUGCUACAGAGGAAGCUUGCUCCUUUGCACCCUGUGCCCACCAGUCCGCAGCUGCCGUCGGCUCCACAGAAUUCCUUCCUCACGAACAACCAGUCUUUCCUCUCACAACAGUUCUCCUUUUCACAGAGCUUUCAUAAACCCCACCGGCGGCAUGGCUCUUCAAUGGGCGCAUCGCGACAUGGUAAAUCUCGCCUGUCGGGUGCAAACACGUUUCUUGAUGAUUUGUUCAAUCCUAUUGCGCCUCUAAAUCCAGAGUCGAUACCCAGGUUAUAUUCCUUCACAGACCCGCUGUCGGAGCUGGGACUGGUGGUCAGCGUUGUUACAGGUGGUGAUCGCAGCAGCUUCUUGACCUCCCAAGGCUCUGGUCAUCGGCGACUCGAGGCGAUUGACAAAGCUGAGGAGAUCAUUUACGUGUCUCCGCGGAACGAGAUUCUGUUCGAUCGCAGUGGUAAUGACAAGCCUCUUCUACUAGUAGUCACAGCAAACCACGAGACUAAUGUAUUUACCAUCUGGUCUGCGGCCUAUCUUGAGCCAAAAUCAAUAUCAAGUUCUCGCAAACAGCACAUUCCUCUGCCAGUAGCCAAGUCUCGACGCCGUAGCUCAUAUGGCGGCACUGCACCAGGAACAGGCGCAACUACGCCAGCAAUUCGUGGAGCUGACAGAUUGAGGGAAAGCUUUGGUGGUGCUCCACGCAGCAAGACUCAGCCCCCAUCCUUCAAGAUCACCAAGGAACGUCUCUCUGACCAAGCAGUCGACGACGCUCUUGCCUCACAGCUCAAUCCCGAUUCCGACAUCACCCGCCAGCCAAAGGAGUCUAGGCGAGUGAGCUCGCUGUUGUCACGGGCUGAACUCUCAACGAGUUUCGACAGAAGCGCGUUUCAGGACAUGGCAACGUCCCGCACCAGUAUUGGUGGCAGCUUCAAUGCAAGUCAGCGAAGUAGGCACUCACUGGGUCACGAUCGUACAAGUUUUGGUGGCUUCUCACAAUCUCGGAAUCGAGCUUCCACCCCUGGUAGCGUUACAUCCCGAAUGAGCUUAGGUGCUGUAUCGAUUGAUGACACCCUGGACGAUGUCAUGGACGAGGAUACAUUCGACACUAUAGAGGACUACGACGAGCUUGAUGAUCUGUUUGCACCGCCUGAUGGUAAAGGAGGACCGCAACCUGGGGAUGGACUCCACAAAGAGCUCAUCAUCAGUGUCAUCGCAGAGCUCCCAGUUACACAAUACCUCAAAAGUGGCCUCUUUGCCCUUCGGAACACUUCAAACUCUGAGGAAUGGCAUGAGCCAAAGGUACUUACGCUGAAUGCACCCUUCAAUUCAGCAACCCUUCAUGAGAGAAAGCUGUACCUGUACAUAUCCCAUCCGUCACUGCAACUUCCACUCGAAUGUGAGCUCGCAGUCUCACGAAGAAGACUAUCACCAUCCGCAUCGGCCACCCAGUCGGGGUCGGCCAGUGCGGCUCCUCGAUAUGCUUGCGUACCGAAAUUUGUCAGCUCGCGACAGCUCGAUAACGCACUGGAUCUUGUGAAAGUCCGUGACGGCCAUGUCGAGCGAAUUGCGCAACUCAAUUCAAGAAAUCCCCAGGAAUCUUGUAUCUCGUUGACUGCAGGUUGGGGUAGCCACCUACCGGUGAAGCUCACCUUGGACUCCAUGAAGAUGUUUGAUCCGUAUGCCAUCAUACAACGCGAUCAAACCAGAGCAACGGUAGGGUCAAGACGAAUCAUAAAACCGAGUCAGCCGUUACGAGGGCUAUCGUCAUUAGGGAAAAGCGGCAAAUUAGAGCUACAUGACGGUGAGCUGCGUCGCCAUCGGAUGGUAUUGCGUCUGUCACCCUCGAAUGGCUAUGUUGCUGAACUCUUCCGAGUGCUGUCAACGGUUCUACCAAACUAUGCAGGCGAAUUUCUACUGGAGAUUUGGUGGAACAUUCGCAAAUCGCUAUCGGAUGAGGGAGCGGAGCAUGUUAGUGCUGAUUGGACAGCUUUCGUAGCGACUUUGCUCACUCUCGCGGUACCCUUCAUCGAUGAGAAGAAGGGGAGGACGGUCACUCGUGCAAAGUCAACUCAGCGAAGAAGUUCUGGACGUCCUGCAAGCCAAGCCAAGCCAGACGAGUUUAUUGAUGACGAGGACUCAGCAUGGCGUCUUAUGUGCAAUCGCCAGACGUCGACACCGCAGGCCAAGAGUUGGGGGUCCUCUCCCUGGGCCUGGGCGUUGCACUCUAGUCCGACAUCGACGGCGAUGAGUCCACCGGCCAAGCGUGACUCACUGCAGCGCCAGUUGCCAACAAUCGCUCAACAGAUCAGCAUCAAAAACGGCAUGAUACCAACUUGCCUCGAACUUGCUCGUCAAUAUGUCCAGUCACCGAUCGGCAAAGCCACCAAUGACCAUUGGAGACGAAUGUCUCCCUCGGAGAAGCAGGAUCUUCGCAUAUCGUCUUUGUCUGAAAUUGUGGUGUCGCUCCAUCUCUUCCGUGAAGAGCGCAAGCUUGACACCCUGUGCCAAGAUUUCUCUGAUAUGCAACAUGGGAAUCUCGCACCCGUGUUAGCACAGAUUGGGCACUGGCUUCGUUGGGAAGCAUGGGAUUGGAGACAAGGUGGAUUCUUCGACCUUGAUGGGGGUUCGAGUCAGGAUUGGGCAUAUGACGAAACCACAUUGAUCAGCAAAGUUCGGCUGCAUGCACAGCCAUGGGAUGCACCUCCUUCAAUUAUGGAGUGGCUUAGCACUGUCACGAGAUCCCAGCAUUAUGCCCCAUUCCCCACACUGGCGAUGCUCAUACGGAAGUCCAAAGCCUCUCCACACUCGUCCAUCAACAUCGACGAGAUUAUAGCUGGCGUAACGCCCAGGACUGUAGCAUUGCACAGGUUCUUCCGCGAUAUUGAUCCUGCAUCAAGCCCUAAGAAGGUUGUAGAGCUGAUCAGGACAUGCAAUAUCAGCCCUGAGCUGUUAGCCACAUUGCCGGAAGCCGCCAAAGCACCACUCAUGGAAGCUAUCACGAGAUGCCAGGCGAAUCCACCUACUACAUGGUCGAGCUCACUACUCAGACUUGUUCAGCGCGAAGACUUGGAUCUUAGCCACACGCCAGUUGCAGACUUUACCCACGAUAGCCACUUGGCCACAACAGGCGGGGGUCUGCAUGCAGCUGGCACAACACGAGACGUUCACACUAUAUGUCAAGGCGCUGAUCGAAUGGAAGCAAUCCAAUCAACAUCUGAAGUCGAUCGGCACUACAUCACGCGACUCAUCUUCCGCGAAGAUAGGCGGUUCAUGGAGGCAUACACGCUGCUAGAGCCUCUGCGGCAGACUGUCGCAGAGUACAAGGCUGACAACCGGCAAGACGAUGCAGCAAUGCUCGAGGGACAGAAAGCACUUAUGCAGUGGGUCAUGGUGCGCACGUUCUCUUUGCCGUUAGGCAGUUCCAUGAUCAAGUUCAGCAGUAAGAAACCUCUGCUGACAGAGAAAUACCCGCUAUACGGCUUCUCCACAUCAUGUCUCAUGAAGCCAAUGGGUAACGUUGUCACUGCAGAACGGCAAAAUUAUUCCGAGGAAAAGUACUUUUGGGCAUUCUUCAACGCUGGUGCUGCAGCUGGUCUCAGCAUAUCGCGCGACGCCCAGGGCAUCGACACGUCAUGGAUCAUGUACAACAAACCUUCAGAGUUGACGAACAAGCAUGCUGGACUGUUGCUUGGCCUUGGCCUGAAUGGCCAUCUAAGAACGAUUGCGAAGUGGCUGUCUUUCAAGUACCUUACUCCCAAACACACCAUGACUUCGGUCGGCUUAUUGCUGGGCUUAGCCGCCUCAUUCAUGGGUACCAUGGAUACGUUGGUUACAAGACUACUGUCGGUGCAUGUCACAAGAAUGCUUCCACAAGGAGCAGCCGAGCUAAAUCUCUCUCCCUACACCCAGACCACGGGCCUGAUGGGCAUUGGUUUACUCUACUACAACACACAGCACCGUCGCAUGAGCGAGGUGAUGCUUUCAGAGAUCGAGUUUGUUGAGAUUCCAGAUCCAUCAGAACCACCAGAUAGUUUGCGGGAUGAAGCUUACAGGCUGGCUGCGGGCUUCGCGCUUGGCUUCAUCAACCUGGGCAAGGGUAAAGAUCUUAGAGGUCUCCACGAUAUGCGUAUAGUUGAGCGUCUCAUGACAGUCGCUGUAGCGCCUAAGCCCGUCAACGUUGUUCACAUCCUCGAUCAAGCCACAGCUGGAGCAGUCAUCGCCGUUGCACUCAUUUUCAUGAAGACCCACGACCAGACCGUCGCGCGCAAGAUAGACAUCCCGGACACGCUGCCCCAGUUCGACUACGUUCGCCCAGACAUUUUCCUCCUCCGCACCCUCGCAAAACAUGUCAUCAUGUGGGAUACCAUCGAAGCUUCGGACUCCUGGAUCAUCAAGAAUCUGCCGUACGAUUAUCGCGAAGCCUGGGAUCUCAAAGGCAUUACACGACUCCGUAGCGAACAAAUGCCUUUUUACAACAUCAUUGCAGGUCUGCUCUGGGCUGUGAGUCUCAAGCAUGCUGGUACGGGGGAUAUCCAGGUCCGCGACUUUCUGAUCAAGUAUUUGGAUCAACUGAUACGCAUCAACAAACUUCCCGCCGUACGCUAUGAUUCCAAGCUUUCCAAGAACACAGUCCGGAACUGCCAAGAUCUCAUCGCUUUAGCAGCCGCAACUGUCAUGGCAGGAACUGGCGAUCUCGAAGUCUUCCGUCGCUUGCGCGGUCUCCACGGCCGCAUUGGUCCGGAUAUUCCGUACGGCUCUCAUCUCGCAGCUCAUAUGGCCUUCGGCACUCUGUUCAUCGCGGGUGGUACACAGACCUUCAGUCGCAGCAACAAAGCCAUUGCCAGUCUGAUCUGUGCAUUCUACCCCCUGUUUCCCUCCGACGUACAAGACUCGCGGGCCCAUCUCCAGGCGUUCCGUCACUUCUGGGUACUAGCCGCCGAGCCCAGAUGUCUUGUUGUGCGAGACGUAGACACAGGACGCGCCAUAUCCAUGCCCAUCAACGUCGUCUUCAAGAACAACCAAGAAGGAAACGAGGUACCCCAAUCAAAAACACUAGUAGCGCCCUGUCUCCUCCCGGAAAUCCAUCUCAUCAGCCGCCUCGAAACAGCAGAUCAGACAUACUGGCCCACGACCCUAGAUUUCGUACAUAACCCACUCCAUCUCAAAUCCUUCGAGCGCAACCAAACACUAAACGUUUGCCGUCGCUCUGCCCACGAUACGUACGCCACGGCGUUUAGUUCUACCCUUGUCGCCCUCAACGACGCGCAAUCAUCCAAGACGGCCAAUCUCCUCUUCCACUGGAUCUUCACCCUCCCCGCGCUAUCGCAGUUUAUAUCUGCCAGCGACGCAGGACUCAUACUGCCGCUCGAUCAACAUAGUAAGAGCUGGUUGGAUCCUGGAGCCACGGUCGUGGAGUCGAGGUUGGUGCUGGGUAGGCUGGCGAAGAGCUGGAAGGUCGAGGAGCUGAGGGAGUUGAAGGGCGUGUUUGAGUGGGCGGAUGCGGCGUGUCGGCAAAAUGGGAAGCUGAGGUGGUUGGGUAGAGAGGUUGUGGAGAGGAUUAAGGCGGGGGUUAUGGACCGGGGGAGGGGGAUGGGCGGGUAG